AUGCAACAACAACAAUUUGAAUUGGUUGAUCCGCCUUCUGAUGCAAUUUCCUCGGUUGUGUUUAGCCCAACUACUUCUAAUCAUUUAUUAGUUUCUUCCUGGGAUAAGACAGUAAGACUUUACGACAUAAAUGAAAAUUCGCUUAGAGCUUCUUUUCAACAUAAAGCUUCAGUUCUUGAUUGUUGUUUUUCUGAUGGUGUACACAUAUUUAGCGGAGGUCUAGAUCAUUGCAUAAAAAGUUUUGAUAUAAAUUCAACCAAUGAAUCUAUCGUGGGUCUACAUGAUAAAGCAGUAAAGUGCGUUGAAUAUAGUUUAGAAAAACACAUGAUUGUAUCGGGAUCAUGGGAUUGUACAAUUAGGUUAUGGGAUAUUCGUAAAAAAGACGCGUUAUUUGGACAAUAUGAAAUUGGAGACGGGGCAAAAGUAUUUGCUUUAUCAUUGGUUCAUUAUAAAUUAGUGGUUGCAACAGCUGGCAGACAAUUUUUUAUUUAUGAUAUUAGAAAUAUGUCGGAAACUAUACAAAAACGUGAAAGUAGUUUAAAAUUUAUGACUCGUUGUGUGAAAUGUAUGCCUAAUCGUCAAGGCUAUGCUAGCAGUUCAAUUGAAGGUCGCGUUGCCGUUGAAUUCUUUGAUCCAUCACCUGAAGCUCAGGCGCGUAAAUACGCGUUUAAAUGCCAUAGAAAAGUUAUUGAUGGCGUAGAUACUGUUUAUCCUGUUAACGCUUUAGCUUUUCAUCCAACACAUGGAACCUUUGCUUCAGGAGGAGCUGAUGGGAUGGUUAAUAUUUGGGAUGGUUUUAAUAAAAAGCGAUUAAGACAAUAUCCACAAUAUCCAACAAGUAUUGCAAGUUUGGAUUUCAGUAGAGAUGGACAAUAUUUGGCUAUAGCAAGCAGUUAUACAUUUGAAGAAGGUGAAAAAGAUCAUCCUCCGGAUUCUGUAUUUAUAAAACCCAUUAAUGAAAAUGAAUGCAAACCAAGAGUUAUGGCUUCUAGCGCUUAA